AUGCCGGUGCCAACAAUGAAUCAAUCUUCUUGGGAGGGCAGCCAGGCUUUGGAGAAUCAGCGCGAUAUGUCAGGAAUUAGACAAAACCAAGGCGCUCGGUCGCAAGAUGAUGCCAAUGUUGGAUAUUUGUACCAAAGAAGUCACAGUGAUGCUCUCAUAGGAGGUGGUUUUAAUAAUAAUAAACGGUGGGCAGGCGGGGACGACAUCAUUCUAGAGCAGAGUCGGCAGGUGACCACUGUCCAAGAGUUAGAGAGACACUUUCAUGGAUUAACAGUAGCACAAGGUUCAGCCAGGCCAGAAGUGGGACAGCAAGCCAAAAAAUUGUGGGAUGAUGAUCUGCACAGAGCUGGUGAUGACCGGUCUGGGGUCAUGUUUCACCAUGGCUGGACCACAAGAGAUGAUGCCUGGACCACUGGUGCAUCAGAAACUUCCAACCAGAUUGGGCUUAACAUGGUGGAGUAUGUUUUGGGUGGAUCUCCCAACAAAGUAGAGCAAACAGCGCUGGACAGAAUGAAGACUUAUGCUCAUUAUUCCUCCCAUCAGAUGUCGCAACAAGAUGGCAACAUGGGCGAAGACAAGACAAAUAAAACACCCCCAUUUGAAGAUGGAGCAGGGGACGAUGGGAAAAACAUUCAGACAAAUGGACUGAUGGCAAAUGUUUUGGAUGAUGGUGGAUACAGAGGGAGCAAACUUACAUCCCCUGCAGACGAGGAGAGACAUGGUCACUUUGGGAUGUCCAUGGAGCAUCAGAAGCACCAGUUGCGGGAUGCUGGAGACUUCUUAAACAAUGGACAGCACCCUGUAGCAUACCAUCUAGACUCCCAUCAGCAGCAGCAGCAGUAUCAGCAGUUUGGUAUGGACCCCCUGCAGUACGGUGGCGAUUAUGGCAGGCAGAUGAUUCAUGGUGUUGAGAGCCCCAAUAGCUACAGCAUGGACUACAAUCAGCUGUUGCAGCAACAGCAGCAGCAAGUUGCCAUGCUGACCCCACAACAGCCUUACACACUCCCUGGACAACAGCCAUUAGUGAUGACAGGGCCAAAUGCAAUCACACAAGGACUGUAUACGCUCAUGCAAGAUCCUUAUGUGGCGGCUCGAGUCCCGUUCACAGGUCCAUCCAUGAUGCAUCAGUACUAUCAGAUCCCCAUGAUGUUUCCAAGCACCAACAUCCCUAACCUCAUGCAAGGACAGCAGACGCCACAGUCCCUGCAACAGCAGCAGCAGCAGUAUUUGCGGGCACGGGCAGCGUCACCAGCUCAGCAGAGCGACAUUCUUGGCCCUGCAGCAACCCAGAUGGGUCAAACCAUGCAGACAAAUGGUGGUUACCAGUUGAUGGCUCCAGCUUACAUUGAUCAGAAUGGUCAGAUUGUCAAUCCCAGAUUGCUAGGACCACAAGUCCGGUUGGUUUCUCCUGCUUCUUUGCUCAUGAAUACCGGAUCCCAGCAGCAAGCAGGCUCAGGCCAGUUGAGCGGCACUAGCCCAUUGCGUCUGCUGACUUCACAAGGGCAGCAGACACCACCAGUAGCAAGUAACACACCUCUUGUAGCCAGCCAAGGAAGUUUGGGCUAUUCUCCUACUAGCAGUUUGGGCUACACACAAGUCACUACCAGCUUGUUUACUCCUGUCUCCACGCUGACGAUGACCGCCCCACAUCAGAAUACUUACACCAGUAACAGUUACGAGAGCAUCAGCUCAGGUGCUGUGGGGACAAUAGGGCAACAGAGAGAUUCUUUUGAUAUGAAGCGCCAGCCGUCACUGCCUCCUUUCGGUGGAUAUUAUGCUCCUCUGCCUGGUAUGGCCAACUCUUCCCUGGGCACCAUCGGCGGUAACAUGAUGUCGGGAGCCUCAUCGAUGACACCCCCACCUUCCCUCUCUGGGUCGGAUACAAAUAUUCCCAUUGGUAUGAAUUUAGGAGGCAGGCCAUAUUCCGUGGCACCCGGAGCAGAAACAGCCAAAUAUAGGACAGCUGAGUUUGUUUCCCCAGCCAGUGGUGUUUAUGGGAACACUGUCUUUCACAACAGGACGGUGACAACUAGGAGUGCUAACUUAUCAAAGGAGGUGUCAGGGCGCAGCCGGCUACUGGAGGACUUCAGGAACAACAGAAUCCCAAAUUUGAGCCUUAAAGACCUGAUGAACCACGUGGUUGAGUUUGCUCAGGACCAGCAUGGCUCCAGGUUCAUUCAGCAAAAACUGGAGCGGGCCACACCACCAGAGAAGAGCAUGAUUUUUGGAGAAAUCUUAUCAGCCGCCUACUCCCUAAUGACAGAUGUCUUUGGCAAUUACGUGAUUCAGAAGUUUUUUGAGUUUGGUACUCCAGAACAAAAGCAGACGCUGGCACAGCGAGUCAGGGGUCAUGUUUUGCCACUGGCUCUGCAAAUGUAUGGCUGUAGGGUGAUUCAGAAAGCUCUAGAAUCUAUACCAAGUGACAUGCAGGUGGAGAUUGUGAAGGAACUCGAUGGCCACGUUCUCAAGUGUGUCAAGGAUCAGAACGGGAACCAUGUGGUGCAGAAGUGUAUUGAAUGUGUUGACCCCAAGUACCUCCAGUUCAUCAUUGAUGCUUUCAAAGGACAGGUGUUUAAUCUGUCCACACAUGCCUAUGGCUGCCGAGUUAUUCAGCGCGUGUUAGAGCAUUGUGCAGCAGAGCAGACAGUCAUGAUCUUGGAGGAGCUUCACGAAAAUGCUGAACGACUUGUGCAGGACCAGUAUGGCAACUAUGUCAUUCAGCACAUAAUGGAGCAUGGCCGUGCUGAGGAUAAGAGUAAAAUCGUCAACAUGGUCAAGGGGAGGGUACUCUCACUAAGCCAGCAUAAAUGUGCCAGCAACGUGGUAGAGAAGUGUGUGACUCAUUCAUCCAGGCAGGAGAGAGCACUGCUCAUUGAGGAAGUCUGUAACUCAAGUGAUGGCUUUGGAAACCACACUGCACUGUAUGCGAUGAUGAAGGACCAGUUUGCUAACUACGUUGUCCAAAAGAUGAUAGACGUCGCAGAGCAGCCCCAGCGCAAAAUUCUGAUGCAUAAAAUCAGGCCAUACAUUGCCACGCUUCGCAAAUACACCUACGGGAAGCAUAUCUUGGCCAAGCUGGAGAAGUUCUUCAUGAAAAACAGCGCAGAGUUGGGACCUGUCGGUGAGUCUUUGCUUUUUCUGUUAUUUUCCUUUGUAAGGAAGAACUUGAAAUUCUGGCGUUGA